AUGUCCCCAAAUCGGAAGCGAAGACGUCCCCCACCCCCGAAGGCAAGUUGCGCCACUAUCGACGCGAUGCAGUCUUUCCCCCUUGACAAGAAAUCCAUUGACACUGGUUUGAAGCGGAUCCGAAUUAUAUCGGUUGUACUGCCCCUAGCUUUUAAGCCUGUCCCUUCCCGCCCCGCGAAACAAGGAAGACAUGGGGAGCGGGAACCUUCACACUUCGACGUGAGCUCUCUCCCCCCCCCCACACUUUCAGCCCGGACGCUGAAAUCUAUUAGACAACUGCGUGUCCUCCUGCGCGAGAGAAUUUGGACGGCUUACACAGCCCCUUCUUCACAUUUUAAGCGCCUUUACUGA